AUGUGCAAAGAAACCGUCUCCCGCCACCGCCACUGCACGCACUCGCGCCUCCUAAACCGCACCUACUGCUCCCUCAUCGAACCACCCUCCCCCUGCACCCCCACCGCCGCCCGCGCCUGUCCGCGCUACAAACAGCACUGCGAAAAACCCAGCGCAAAAACCCCAUGUCUCGCCUGCAAGCGACAAGAGCGGAUCUGCGAGAUCCUAGCCGAGGAACAAGAAACGGCGCGGAACGAGCUGCGGGCCGCGGGGUUCAGUGAGAAGAAUGUCGAGAUGAUGAUGGUGCCGCCGCCCACGGGGUUCGUGAUGCCGCGCUUGUUUCCGAGGGGGAAGGGUGGCAAGAUUAUCGUUCAUCCGUUGUUGAGACAUGCGCAGCAAGGGAGGGUAGAGGGUGCUGGGGAUACUGGGUUGACGCCCAAGAAGGUGGACUCGCGGAGUUCGGGGGGUAGCAGUGAUAGUGGACUGCAGAAAGAGGUUGGGCAGGAGAAGAGCAAGAGCCUGGGUAGAAAGAGGUUCAAGAAUUGGAUUAAGGAGUUUCUGUUGGCGGGAGAUGUGGAAGAUGCGGUGAGUAUCGGGUUCCCGAAGAUGGAUGCUUAG